GUUGGUUCCGCUUUGUUGAUUGCUGCAGUAUGCAAGCAGCAAGGGCAAUGCUUUAACAAAAUCUAGGUUCCCAUGUUGUCCUGUUUGAGCUCUUGUUUCAGACAGCCACUCCGCUGCGUGUCUGCCUUUCUGUGAUAAACGUGAACUAGCUGAAGCAGCAGAAGGACUUCAGCUGAACAUUGACCUCCUUUCUCUGUAUUUCACAAUCGAGGUCUUGUCAGAGCCAGAGCUCUGCUGGAUUUAUCUCAGUCUGUAGAAGAGAGGAACCCACCGGUUUGGACACCGCUCUGGAAACUUUGGCCCAAAUGAAGAAAGCUUUGUUGUAUCUGUUAACUGUUUACAUUUCAGUCCCCGUUUUCCUUUACUUGUUCCCUUGGAUCAUGAGCUAUGCCAUAUUUUCCCACUUAUUGAGGUUUCCAUACUCCGCGGAUCUCAGCAGACCACAAGAUGUGCUGAAUCACACAUGCAACUUCUACCUCAACACAGAGGAGGACGUCUCAGUGGGAGUGUGGCAUACCCUCCCUGUCAGCCAAUGGGAAGCCUCCGCUGGGAGAACCCUUGACUGGUACCAUGAGACUCUAGGAGACGGAAGUCCUGUUAUUAUCUAUCUCCAUGGCAACGUAGGGACCAGGGCGAUGAGUCACAGAGUAGGACUGGUAAAGGUUCUGAGUGCUGCAGGUUACCAUGUCUUAUCUCUAGACUACAGAGGAUUUGGAGAUUCAACAGGAGAACCCAGUGAAGCUGGACUGACCAGCGACGCCCUCUACUUGUACCAGUGGGUAAAGACACGCAGCAGGAGUUUAGUCUGCUUCUGGGGGCACUCACUGGGCUCCGGAGUGGCAACCAAUGCUGCAGUAAAACUCCAACAACAAGGAUCUGCUGUGGAUGCUUUAAUCCUGGAAGCUCCAUACACAAAAAUCGGAGAAGCUGUAGCCCUUCAUCCCAUCGCUAAGAUGUACGCGUUCCUGCCAGGAUUUGAGAGCUUGCUUUGGCACUUACUGGAGAGGAUCAGUAUCCAGUUUGCUAAUGAUGAAAACUUGAAGAAGCUGACGAGUCCACUUCUCAUUCUGCAUUCAGAAGAUGACCGUGUGGUUCCCCUUCACAUGGGUCAGAAGCUGCACCAGAUUUCCCUGCAAGCCCACAGGGAAUCGGACGCUCAGGUUGAAAUGGUCUCCUACAGCGCACAUCUCGGAUUCUCCCACAGCAGCAUUUACCUGGACCCACAUCUGUCAGACGUGGUUCAGAAAUUCUUUAAAAACGUGAGACGGUAGAGCAGAUCCUUCUCCCUGGGGCAGUUUGUGGAGAAUAAAUGAAAAGGUUCUUUACUGAUUUAUUUUUCUUCAAAGUGCAUGAAAUAAAUAUGGAAAUAAAGCCUCCUGAUAUCA